GCAGGGACACACUAUGAGGGGGAACUUUGUUUCUAUGAAACUUAGGAAUAUUUGCAAAAUAUUGUAAAAAUUAUCAAAAUCCCUCGUGAAUCAAUAACCUGCCCCUAGGGUUUGAGGUUUUUAGGUUAGUUCGCCCGGAAAGGGCUUCUACACUCACUAUUCUUACACUUUUUUUGAAAGAAUGUGUGAGACAGACAGUUAGCCAGCUAGCUAGCUAGCUGAGAGGUGAUACAGGCGGCAGGAGAACAAAAGAUUUUUUUUGCGUUUUGGCCGGUUGUACUGACACCAAGUCCAUGCAGAACGUGUCAUUACCAUCACAAUGCCCGUUUUACUUUUUCUGAUAGACACGUCCGCUUCAAUGAACCAGCGCACCCAUCUGGGCACUACCUAUCUGGACAUAGCAAAAGGCGCUGUUGAGACUUUUAUGAAGCUCAGAGGGAGAGAUCCGGCGAGCCGAGGGGACCGGUAUAUGUUGGUAAAUUUUGAAGACGUUCCGUUCGGGAUAAAGGCUGGAUGGAAGGAGAGCCACGCCACCUUCAUGACAGAGCUGAGGAACCUCCAAGCAACCGGGCUCACAUCUAUCGGCCAGUCCUUGAGGACCGCUUUUGAUUUACUCAAUCUCAAUAGAUUAGUGACUGGGAUAGACAACUAUGGACAGGGAAGGAACCCCUUUUUCCUCGAGCCCGCCAUCAUAAUCGCCAUCACCGACGGCAACAAGUUGACAAGCGGCGGUGGAGUCCAAGACGAGCUCCAUCUGCCUCUGACCACCCCGCUGCCCGGCAGUGAGCUGACCAAGGAGCCCUUCCGCUGGGAUCAGCGUCUGUUCGCUCUGGUGCUGCGCAUCCCCGGCAACGCUUCGGUGGAGCCCGAGCCCCUGGGUGGCGUCCCGCCUGAUGAUUCUCCAAUCACUCCCAUGUGUGAGGUCACUGGAGGACGUUCCUACAGCGUGUUCUCUCAGCGUAUGUUGAAUCAGUGUCUGGAGUCCCUGGUGCAGAAAAUUCAGAGUGGAGUGGUGAUAAACUUUGAGAAGACUGGACCUGACCCACCUCCUUUAGAGGAUGCUCCAGCUGAGGCGGUGAAGUCCGGUCCACAGGCCUGGCAUUGUUGUCACAAGCUGAUCUACGUACGACCCAACCCUAAAACUGGUGUUCCCAUUGGUCACUGGCCAAUCCCUGAGGCCUUCUGGCCGGACCAGAACUCCCCCACACUGCCCCCCCGCUCAGCCCACCCCCACGUUCGUUUCUCCUGUCUGGACGCUGAGCCCAUGGUGAUCGACAAGGUGCCCUUCGACAAAUACGAGCUGGAGCCGUCGCCUCUCACACAGUACAUUUUGGAGAGGAAGUCCCCACACACCUGCUGGCAGGUGUUUGUGUGUAACAGUGCCAAGUACAGUGACCUGGGCCAACCCUUCGGCUACUUAAAGGCCAGCACGGCUCUAAACUGUGUCAACCUGUUUGUGAUGCCCUACAAUUACCCAGUGCUUCUGCCACUUCUGGACGACUUAAUCAAAGUGCACAAGUUCAAGCCCACCAUCAAAUGGCGGCAGUCCUUUGAGAACUACCUGAAGACCAUGCCUCCGUAUUAUAUCGGGUCCCUGAGGAAGGCUCUGAGAAUCAUGGGAGCACCGAACCUGCUGGCUGACAACAUGGAGUACGGCCUGAGCUACAGCGUGGUCUCCUACCUGAAGAAGCUCAGCCAACAGUCAAAAAUCGAGUACGACCGCCUGAUCGCCUUGAUCGGUAAGAAGCAGCCACCAGAGGCUGGCAUCAAGGUGCGUUGGCGAGGCGGAGGCAUAUCUCUGGCCCAGCGCAGGGACUUCAUCCAGCAGCUGCAGAGUCUCUCAGGAGAGGCUCCGACUCUGCCCAUGGAGCUCAACCCCAAAGAGUUCCAGGGCUUUCAGCUGGCACUGCUCAACAAGGGCCUGAAGCCACAGAGCUUUAGGAAUCCCUACGACAUCCCCCGCAGCCACCUGCUGGACCAGCUCAGCCGAAUGAGGAGGAACCUGCUCAACACCAGCGUCUGUACUCUCAGAGGGCAGGACUCAGACCAGCUCCACAGCGUGCCAAUAGCCCAGAUGGGCAACUACCAAGACUUCCUCAAAGCUGCUCCUCAGCCUCUUCGAGACGCCGACCCUGAGCAGCCCAAACGCCUCCACACAUUCGGCAACCCCUUCAAACUGGACAAGAAGGGCAUGAUGAUCGACGAGGCGGACGAGUUCGUGACCGGCCCUCAGAACAAGGGGAAGAGACCGGGAGACAGCAGCAACAUGACGGGCGGAGGGCCCAAGAGACGGCGCUGCAUGUCGCCUCUGCUGCGGCUGGGCAGAGCCUACACGCCUCCAGUAACGCCCCCUGCCAGCCCUCGACCCACAGACAUGGACAUGAGCGACGGAGCACCUGAACCGGACCUGAUCAUCAACCACCUGAAUCAGAACCACUACGGCUCAGACGGGAGCUCGGACUCAGAGGCAGACCAUCCCUCAGGGCCUGCCAACCACCAGGAGAACCACACGGCCGCAGACCCCGAGGACCUCCGACACGGGGACGACGACGAGGAGAACGGGCAACCCCGGGCGGGAGAGUUUUCGCCGGGCAGCGAGGAAGGAGUGGAGAUGGUGAUGAUGGACGACCAGACGCCUCGCUACCUGUCACCUGCAGCUCUGAAGAAACACAUUCACAUGGAGACGACGAAGGUCAACAAUGAGCUGAGGACGCUCAUCACCAAGGAGAUCAGGAAACCUGGCAGACACUAUGAGAAGAUCUUCCUUCUCCUGAAGCAGAUCCAGGGCACUCUGGACACCCGACUCAUCUUCCUCCAAAACAUCAUCAAAGAGGCUGCCAGGUUCAAGAAGCGCGUUCUCAUCGAGCAGCUGGAGAACUUCCUGGAAGAAAUCCACAACAGAUCCAAUAACAUGAACCACGUGGACACGCUCUGAGACCGGCUCAUUCCCAAACUGAACUUAAUGAUAAUAAACCUGACAAACACCCUCAUCCUUCUGAGUCCCCCCCUCUUUCCCCUUCCUUACUGGGGCCCCUGCGGAGACGAGAUGAGACGAGACAGCACCCAGCUCUCAAACUAUCACCUCUUCAGCGGACUCUCAAGGUUAUUGAUGGUCGCGUUGGUUUGCACACAGUUUAAAGUCAGUGUUGACCCUGGAUGAUGCGAGCACAUUUUUCAGAUAUCCAAAAGGGGGAGUGAGGAAGCGCACAGGUAAAGUGUUUGUCUAUGUUGGACAUUUGGCUGUUGUUGUCCUGAAGCAUUCCCUUCGAUUAUUCCCCUCCCAGAUUAGAUUUUCUUCUUCUUAAAAAGACAACGAAAAUCUCUCAAACGAGGAGGCGGAGUAAACGAGAGGAGCGCAGGAUGUGUCUUGUGAGGAACAGGUGGCAGCCUGCGCCUGGAUGUCAUGUUCAGUCGUGUUUAAUGUGUGACGAUGUGAUAAACCGACGGUGUAGGAAGGGUGCAGGUUGAGUUUUGGUAACUCAGGGUCAAACGGGAUCCAGUGGAGAUGCUCAUGAAGUACUUCUCUCCCCAUUUUUGUUCAUUCACUUUCCCCCUUCGUGUUAGUUCUACUUUUUGUUUCGUGGGAGGACGAGAGUCUGUCACUCUGCUUUCACUGUUGAAAUUAACUUUCAACACUCCACUAACUGAAGCACUCCAAAGCUGUGCUCUUAAACUUUGCUCAAGUAUUAGAUUUGAUCAACUUGUGGUUUACCUGCCAGACUGAUGAUUAAUAUCACUGAGGAUAAAUGAAUUGAUAAUUUCGCUAAAACCGAUCCGUAGUUUUGAUGACGUCUGCAAACUGUUAACUGUAAACUGUGGUUUUCUGAGAGAUCAACACAAAAUCCACUGAAAUGAUGCGACAUCAUUGGUUACAAAUGUUGAAACACAGGGACGAAAAGCUCAGGAACUAAUGCAUCAUAAUCAGCAAUAACAUCGGAGCUACUUUAACCCCACAUUUCUAUCUUAUUUUACCCUGAAACAGCUGAUAUGCAACACAAACUGUCGUCUCCUGGAGUGUUGAUGAGCCGAGGUCUCGGAUGCCAGCUUGUCCCAACAUGCUGGUCGCUGCCAAAUAACUUAACCCGCCCCUGGAAACUCCUCCCCCCCGCCAUGAAUCUCAAACCAACUUCUUGUCACUUAACCGUGAAUGCACUUGUGUAAAUUUGAGAAUUUAUUUAAUGUAAUUUAAAAGAAAAACUACAUUUUUGUUGCAGUUUUUCCCAGCAAUCCUUUAUCUUUUUUUUGUCGGGCCUGUUCAAUUUUCUCAAAUAUACACAAAGAAUCUGAAUUGAGGUCUAGAGGUCAGGAGUUGAUUUCUGAUUCAGAGGGCAGCCCUCUUCUGUUCCCUCCCUCCUCGGACAGGGACCAAAAUCUGCCAUACUUGUCUUUGUUUGUGAAGAGGCCGCUACCAAAAGAGUAUUUUGAAUACACUGUAAAGAUGUAAAUAACCCUAGAGUACUAUUUAAAGAGAAUGUUCAGUGGAAAAUGGCCUUUUUGUAAGUAUUUCCAUGAAUAAAGUUUCUAUUUUACACUGUGAAGGGCCAUGUAAAUAAAGUGUUCUGUAAAGAUGUGA